GGCUCCGUUCCUCGCUCCUCCUGCAGCGCCACGUGGCUGCUGCGGGCGCCUGGCUCGGGUGCGGGGGCCUUGGCUUGUUCGUUGGGGGGGGGGGGCUGCCGACUGUCCCCCGUCCCCUCCUGCACUCACCACCAGCCCGUGUCUGCCGCUGGCUCCCUGCAGAAGCAGAGAGAACAGAAGCCCAGAGAUCCCAGCAGCCAUGGCCUCAGGGACUCCUGUACGGGAAAUCCAAGAGGAAACCAACUGUCCCAUCUGCCUGGAAUAUCUGACGGCCCCAGUGACCAUACAGUGCGGGCACAACUUCUGCCGAGGCUGCAUCUCUCAGUACUGUGAGACAUGGACAGAGGGGGACUAUGACCCUUUGUGCUGCCCCAGCUGCAGAGCCCGAAUCCGGAAAGGGGCUUUCCAGAGUAAUUAUCAGCUAGCAAAUAUAGUGGAAAAAAUCAAACAAAUGGAUUUCAAACAAGGAAAAGAGAAUCUGUGUGAGAGACACGGCAAAGCCCUGGAUCUGUUCUGUGAAGAGGACAGGGAAACCGUGUGUAUGGUUUGUUGGAGAUCCCCCCAGCACAGAUCUCACACGGUGCUUCUCAUGGAUGAUGCUGCCCAGAAAUACAAGGAAAGAAUCCAGGCCCAUUUGAAAACUCUAAGGGAAGACAGAGAAAAGCUGCUGGGAUUGAAAGCGACUGGAGAGAGGAAUUGCCAGGACUAUCUGAAACAAACACAAACUGAGAGGCAGAAGAUUGUGUCUGAAUUUCAGCAAUUGCAGCAGUUCCUGGAGGAACAAGAGCGACUCCUGCUGGCCCAGCUGGAGAAGCUGGACAAGGAGAUUGUGAGGAUCCAGAAUGAAAAUGUCAGUAAACUCUCUGAGCAGAUUUCCCGUCUGAGUGAGCUGAUCAGUGAGGUGGAGGGGAAGUGUCAGACGCCAGAGAGUGAAUUCCUACAGGAUGUCAGAUCCACCUUGAGCAGGUGUGAGAAGGGGAAGUUCCAGCAGCCAGAGGAGACUUCUGGUCUCUCCCAGAGAGUCACUGGUUUCUCCCAGAAAACGAUUGUGCUAAUGGAGAUUCUGGGGAAGUUCAAAGACACUCUGCCGUCUGAAUUGGAGAGAAAAAGAGGAGAAUUCUUUGGAGCACACAGACAGGCGAAUGUGACUCUGGAUCCAGACACGGCUCAUCAUGACCUCGUCCUGUCUGAGGAUCAGAAAAGUGUGAGAUGGGAAGACACACAACAGCAACUGCCCAACAACCCUAAGAGAUUUGACGCUGCUCCAUGUGUGCUGGGCUGUGAGGGAUUCACCUCUGGGAGACACUGCUGGGAGGUGGAGGUGGGGGAUGGGCCAUACUGGGCCGUGGGGGUGGCCAGAGAGUCUGUGGGGAGGAAGGGAGGGAUCAGCCUCAGCCCUGAGGGGGGGAUCUGGGCUGUGGAGCGAUGGGGGGAUCAGUUCCAGGCUCUCACCUCCCCUGAGACCCCCCUGCCCCUGAGCCGGGCCCCCAGCAGUAUCUGGGUUUGUCUGGACUGUGACCGGGGGCAGGUGACAUUUAUCGAUGCUGGUGACGAGGCCCCGAUCUUCACUUUCCCGCCGGGCUCCGUCCCUAGGGGGAGAAUCCGACCCUGGUUCUGGGUGGGGACAUGGGGAUCCCAGCUCAGACUGUGUCCCUGAGACACACAGUUGAGGGGGGAACCAGAACUCAACCUCUCUAGCCACACACAGCCCAGUCUCUAUGACCCUGCAGGACUCCCAUCUACCCAGCCUCUGGCUCCUUAUCUCUAUGGCCCCUGGAAGUGCCUCCCCCACCCUCUCGGCAGCCCCAGGGAUGAGAGGGGGGAAGAACCUCUGAAGCUGCAGGAGGGGCAGAGGGGCUCUGAGGGGCAGAGGUGGGGGCUGGGCAGGGGGCAGAACUAACAGCCGGGCAGGGAACAGGCGAAGGUGGGGGUGGCAGGGACACAGCAUGAAUCAAUCAGGGUUGGGGGGUGGGAGAAGCAGCAGCAGCAGGGAGUGUUUUGUACAGAUCUGUGGGAUUAGAUCUCAUGGGGGUCUCCCAGCCAGAGCUCCUGCCAUUGUUCUCAGUAGCUGGGGAUCUCCUGGCCGUGCUGUGGUUAUUAAAGCUCCUUCUCAGCUCCUUUUAUUUUGCUACUUUCCAGCAACUUACUGUAAAUAAAACAUUACAAACAAU